AUGGUCAAAAUCUUCGCCCUCGCCGCCGCCUCCAUUGCCCUCGUGGGCCAGGUCGCCGCUCAGGGCCCUCCGGUUGGCCCAACUUGCACCCCGGGCCAGAUCUAUUGCGGUUUCCGUCUCCUUGACGGUGUUUCCGGCCCAUUCUGGCGACCUCGUAUCCAGGCCAUCCGCCCUCCUGUCACGAACCCUGACGACUCCACUUUCCUCUGCGUUACGCCGACCACUGUCGAGUUCAUCCAGCUGUGCACCGCCCUGCCGGGUAACCAGCGGUGCCAGCCCACCAGCAACAAUGCCUGCACCGACCCUUUCGAUGACUGCUGUGGUCCUUCCUAG